UGUCAACAUCCCUCCCUGCCACACAGAGACACAGAGACUGGAGCAGAGACACAUUUGCGUCACAUUCACAUGGUGUUGAAAAAGACUGGAUGAAGCUCUAGAUUUGCGGGACCGUAAUUCCUGGAUUUCCUUUAGCACUUUGGAUAUGGGAGGCAGAGAGGAGGUAGUGGUGACCAGACUCAGGUCCAGCAUGCAGUUUCCACACACCAGGCUCAACCGUUUCAGGCUUCGUCCUGCCCAGAGCCCGCUGGGGAGCAAGCGCGUGAAGCCGUCGUCCUCCAAGAAAAAAGCCAGAGACCCCAGCCCCACCGAGAUGAGUGUGGAGCCCUGGGCCAGCCCGCAGGACCAGGCAGCCGCUGAGCACCCACACAGCACGCUUCCCGCCCAGGACCAGGAGCAGCACCCCGACAAACUCUGCUUGGACUCCUUCUGGAGCGAGGUGGAGACCAUCCGACAGGGGAGUGGCUACACGGACCUGGACUGCACCAGGAGAGACUCCAGACAGUCAGAAGAAGGUGAGCAGGAGGAGCAGUGGUUGGCUGACGCUGGUUUGUCAAACCUCAUCGGUGAGGACAGCGGAGAUGUAGACAAUGUUGUGUUGCUGUCCACUCUGACCCGCACGCAGGCCGAGGCCGUCCAGCGGCGACUGGACUCCUACACGCUGUCCCUCCGCAAGAGGAACAAAUCAGCGCCCCGCGACGUUCGCGACAUCUUCAACUCUCAGACUCUUCUGCCCGACUCUCAGCACGGUGAAGACCUGGCACAAGACAGCAUGGCUUCGGUUGCCAAAACACCACUUUCAGCUGUGACACCAGAGCACCAGCGAGGUGCCCCUAAAGAGGAAUUCUUCAUCACCGACGUGGCUUACUGCGAACAGGCCGUCAUCUUCCUCAAACAGGCCAAACUGCCGCAGAACAACAGCCAACGCAGGAAGGAGGACGGGACCCUGCCUCGGGUGAUCUGCCCCAAGUGCCGCCUCGGAGUGACUCGGAUCCAAGAUCUGUCCCACACCGACAUGAAGAAGGUGCGUCAGCUGGCUCUCAUCGACAUGACGGCGCUGUGCGACCUCCUAGAGCUCGAGGUCAAAAGGCACAAAUCGGGCAAGAGGAAAAUCCCAGAGAGCUCUCUCUUCGGGGUGCAGUUGGCCACGCUGCUGGACAGCGAUCAGAAAGUGAAGCCCAACACCUCGACGCCUCUCUUCCUGCAGGCGUUGUUGUCGUUUUUGGAGAAGAAAGGAGUGGACUCAGAGGGGAUCCUUCGGGUUCCAGGGUCUCAGUCCAGAAUCAAGGUAUAAACUAUGGAUCUGCAACGAUUCCUGUCACACAACAUCAACACUGGAGAAAACUGAUUUAUCGUGUGUCACCCCUUUCUUUCUGUGUAAUGUUUAAAGCAAAGUAAAGAAAUUAUUGUCUUACCUUUGCUCCUCCCCCCUCCUUUAGACAUCACAGAACUGAAGCAAAAACUCCACAUGUUGAACCUGCUCAUCCUGCUGCUGCCUGAGCCCAACAGGAACACACUGAAGGCCCUUCUAGAGUUCCUCAGUAAGGUGGUUUCCAGGGAGAAGAGGAACAGGAUGAACCUGUGGGCCGUGGCGACCAUCAUGGCUCCCAACCUCUUCCUCCAUAAGGCCGUCCCCAGCAGACUGACGGAGGGGGCAGAGAAGGGACAUGCGGAGAAAGCAGCAGAUGUCAUGAGGCUCCUCAUCCGCUACCAGGACCUGCUCUGGACGAUCCCGAACUUCCUCAUGGGCCAGGUGCGUAAACUGAACGAGAACAGCAACCGACGUUACCAGUUUUACGACCGCCGCAUCAAGAACCUGCUGAGGAAGAUCCACACCGACAGCCGGGAAAAACCUGAUAAAAACACCUCAGAGCAGAGUCGUACGGUGAAGAUCCAGGUCGGGGAUCUGAUGAGCAGCACUAUGGAGUUCCAGCUCAACAUCAACUCACGAACCUCAGACCUGCUCGCACAGUUCCACCGCCAGUCCCUCCGCAGCCCGGAAAAUGGGAAAGGCAAAAUGCGAAGAAACGGCUCGGUGGCGUAUCCCGACUGCGCCGUGUACGAAGUGGGCGGGAACAUCGGUGAGCACUGUCUGGACCCCGACACACACCUUCAGGAUCUGUACAACAAUAACCCAGGAGGGGAGUGGGUCAUCAAGCUGAGACCCAACGCCAGCAGAGGGCUGUGACACGGAGGCCGUGGACAGACUGAAGGAUUCUGGGAACAGGUCUCUGAGAUGACAAUAGCGAAGCGUGAGAAAAGAUCAAAUCCACGCCGCCUCCUGUUCAACCUCUGAGCAACACGGGAGAGAGAGAGAGGGGGGAGACAGAUGGAAGGAGAAGAAACAGAAAAAGGGAGAAUCUGCCGGGAGCAGAGCCUAAAAGCCGUCUAUGAUCAGAUGGACACACACACUGCGCAUUUUCUUCUUUCCCUCCAUCUUCUCCUCCCUCCUCUCCAUCAUUUCUCUCUGGGGCCGCGGUGCCGAGAGCGAAAGAGCUGCUGAUGUGACUCAUUACUUCCGACAGAGAACCUGCUGCAUAGAAAUUCGAGAGCGGCCGGGCAGUUUGGUUCACCAUCUUUCCUCUCGAACCGUCGUGUUCAACCAUUAGAGAGCAGAUGGGACUGCAGAGCACCUCUGGCUACAGAGAGCUGAGCCCCCCCCCCCCCUUCUCUCAGGCCAGUCAGACUGUUUUUCAUUCAUGAGCCUUUUUCACAAAAAAAAACUGAAACAUGAUUCCUGGUUUUUCUGUCCAUUUUUUUUGAUAAAUCUAAUUUCCGCACAUUUUGUUGUUUUAUAUAAGAGAAACCACGUCGAUUCAAAGAGCGACGUCUGUGUUGACUUUAAAGCAGCAGCUGACAACAAGAUCGAAACACACACCCAGACAGAGACACAGCUGAGAUCUGCGUCUGAAUCAUUUUCCAGAUUUAUUCAUACGUUUAGAGAAAAGGCCCUCAGCAGAAGAUGCGACACACAAGUCUAUCAUGGUCUCAGCUGUUACUUGAGCAUUUUCUCCUGCACAUGUACUUAUUAUACAAAGCUGAUUAGAAACCAGCUCACACACACACAUGACGUUCUCCAGGACAAAAUCGACCAAACCAGGUUCUUCUAUUCCCCUUCACCAGUGGUUCUCAAACUUGGAUAGUAGAAAGAAUACAAAUUGAGCUGUAGUGAGAUAAAAGUCAACAUGACAUCAUCAUACUUUUCAGACAGAAAUGAUAUAAAUGCAACUUGGUGUCUCGCUCCAAUUUUUCCCUGGCCAUCCACACCCCCUCAGUGUGAGAACCACCUGUGCUAAUUACAAAAAUCAGUUUACCUGUUUAUAAGUUACAGGAAUCAGAUUAUCUGACUGAAAACACACUGACGAUGAACAGAUUCUUAUUGAGCUCAGAAAAUGGACAGAAAACCCUUUUUUAUGUGUUUUCUAUUGAAGUAACACUAAUAAUAAUGUAAUAAUAAAAAUGGCCACCAGAUGAGAUUCAUUGAAAACUGAAAGCUCGAGGAACAGAAGCCAACCUGGAAAAUGAUGCCAGGACUUCAGCUCUUUGUGAACACACAGUUACAGACCGAUCAAUCGACUAAUAAACUGCUUGAUCUUUAUUACUCGCUCCCACUCUCUCUCUCUCCCACCAUCACUUUGACCACAAACGAAACAAAGAGCGAGGAUUCUCUGCGUCGGCUCCUUUCUUCCGUCUGUGGAGGGAGAGAGACCCCCGGUAAACUGAUAACCCCCCCCCCCCCUUUAUCUGUGAAACCCCUACGAUCUCCUGGGCCUUAUAAAAAUCCACAGACUUCCAAGGACCCUUGACCUGCGCAGAUCAGAGCUCAAAGAGACGGUCUUUCUUUUUUAUUUUGAUACCAGGGGGAUUCGGUGUCACAACCUCAAGGACAGCGAUUGCACGUCUAAAAAAAGAAAGGGAGUUGUUAAGGACUCGCAGUGAAGCUGGUCUUCAAUUCUCAUCUUUAAACUCAUGAAUGGGGCCGAAAGUGCUGAAGUGACUCCUGGGGUGAACUGGGAUUAUUGUUAUUGUUAUUUAUAUGAAUGUAAAACCGUUGUUGCUUCUGUAUCUGAUGAGUAUUCUAGACUAGACAGAUUUUAGGAUAACGCUGCACUCAGUGUUGUGUUAAGUCGCCCAUACUCAGUGUGGGAAUUUGCAGUGUUGUUGUACAUAUUUUUUCGAUGGACCUCUUUAUAUCUGUUUCUCCUGAACAGAACAGUGUGAUGAAUUUCUUUGUGUAAAUAUUUCUCGGUCCUGCUGAAACCUCUGCAGCCGGAUGGAUUGACGUGAUGGCGUUGCUUCUCGAAGCCACUAAGUUAUUCCACAUACACACACAAAGCAGCAAAUGAAUGUGUCGAACAUUUUGUCCCCGACGUCACACACGAAUCGCUCGCUCCUCGCAAACGGGAGCCAUGUUGGUGCUGCGCGGCCAUUUUGUGGAAGCGUCUCGCACACUGCACUCGAUAGACAGAGUAAUGACAGCCGGCCCCUGCACCGACAUCCAUCAACACCCCUCCGCUCCAUCUCUGUCACCUCCCUAAUAAUGGACCAUAAUGGCAGCGCGGCGCCUGCUUCAGAAAAGCGCAGAGGAAUCACAUUUCUUUGAUAAAGGAGGAGGUUAAUAAAUGGCUGUUAUAAAUUCUGAUGGCCUGGACCUGGCGACGGCAGCAGGAGCGCGCGCGUAUGUGUUGUGUGUGUUUAUGUGCAUACAUGUGCGUGAUGAGCUUCAUUACACAAGUCCAAUUGGCCCAUCCCAGGGUCCCGGGCACAGUUCAGUGCCUCGGCACAAAGCGAGCUGAUGAAACUGCCUUCUGCUGACAAUCAGGAGAACUAGGUCACCUCUGAAGCAGCUUCCCAGAGGGCGAGCAGAGUGUGAGUCUGCACACCCCCGAGCAGCCCAGCACAUGGACGCAUACUGUCUAAACACACAUGACACACACACGUGGACAAACC